GCCCAUCUUGCCCAGCCGCAAACACUACGGGAACCUCCUUCACACCACACCUGCGCCUCUGCUCUCUAUCCACCACGCCAGACCAUCGUCGCCCAGCAACCCAGCACCCACCCUUCCAACCACCAUCCAGAGGAAACAUGGCCGAUUCUCUCACCGAGGAGCAAGUCUCCGAGUUCAAGGAGGCAUUCUCUCUGUUUGACAAGGACGGCGAUGGCCAAAUCACCACCAAGGAGCUGGGCACCGUCAUGCGCUCGCUCGGCCAAAAUCCCAGCGAGUCUGAGCUCCAGGACAUGAUCAACGAGGUGGAUGCCGACAACAACGGCACCAUUGACUUCCCAGAAUUCCUGACCAUGAUGGCCCGCAAGAUGAAGGACACCGACUCCGAGGAGGAGAUCCGGGAAGCCUUCAAGGUCUUUGACCGCGAUAACAAUGGUUUCAUCUCCGCCGCCGAGCUGCGCCACGUCAUGACUUCUAUUGGCGAGAAAUUGACUGAUGACGAGGUUGACGAGAUGAUCCGGGAGGCCGACCAGGACGGUGACGGCCGAAUUGACUACAACGAGUUCGUCCAGCUUAUGAUGCAGAAGUAAGCCUUUGAAGUUGCGAGGUGGAAUGACUACACGUAUUACGACGGUAGCACGGCUGAGAGUUGAUGGCGACGAGUGACGGCACAGUUUGACCUACUUGGCGUGUCUUUGUACCCCAGAUUCGGUUGCUUGUAACCCGAGUCGCCCGACUUGUUUGUCAGCGUCUCCAGGGAAUUGUCUCCUAUACCUAUCCUCAAUUCACAUUCUCACGUGUUUA